CAGAGAAAUGCAAAUUCAAACGCAAGGAACGCACCACAACAUCAUUACCCCACCGAGAACUUAAGUCGUAGAUGACAAAGAGAGAGACAAAGGGCGUGCGUCUUCUCUUGCGAAUUUUACUCGUGUUACUUUUGAUCGUUCUUAUCGUCAUGGCUGCAGAAAACAGCAAGGCUCAGAUUCCAGACAUUACUGAUCUCUUCCCAGAGGUUGGUGAUGAUCUCAGCAAAGUAACUUGGGCUCAUGCCGUCAACAGCAAAGAGGAUUUGGAGAAGUAUAUUGAUGAUGAUACCAUCAUGAUGCUGGAAGCUGACAUCUUGCCUGGCCGUUUAGAAGGCGCAGAUCCUAGUGAGCCCCUCAUACCCAUCAUGGCGCACCCUCCAGCUGUUGUGUCUGACAUCUCAUUUGAAAUGUGGAUUGAUGACGUCAUCAAGGCUAACAAGGAUGGGCAGAAGAAGGGAGCCAAGUUAGAUUUCAAAGAUAUCAGUGUUGUAGAAGAAUGUCUGAAAAUUCUGCAGAACCGUACAGAGCAAAUUACAUUCCCACUGUGGUUGAAUGCAGAUAUCUUGAAAGGCCCAGUGGCCAGUACACGUGAACCGGUUGAUGCUGACAAGUUCCUCUCCCUUUGUGUAGAAACUUUCCCAUUGGCAACUCUCUCAGUAGGUUGGACAACCACAUACACAUCAGCUGAUGAUGAAAAGGCUUUCUAUACCAAAGAGAUGACAGAGGAAAUGGCAACAUUACUUGAGUCCAAGAGUGUUGCCCAGCCUGUGACAUUCCCCAUCCGUGCUGCAUUUGUGCCCCGUUCCAUUGAGAACUUAGACUGGCUUGUGGAACAAAUACCAGAUAGCACCAUCACAGUGUGGAGCUCGUCAUCAGAUACAAUUGAUGUCCAGGCCCUGCUGAGUCUGCGGGAUGCAGUCGGCAACGAUUCAGUGUAUUUCGAUCUGCCCGAAGAACAGAAGAAGGAAUUUGACGAGGCCAAGAAAGCUGAGGAAAAUGCAGCUGCGCCCAGCUUUCAGAUUUUGCCAAACAAUGCUUCGGCCUGGGCUACAGCGGCCAUUGCUCUUGGGUCGGCUCUGGCGGCCCUCUAUCUUUAUGAUUGAUAACAAGUGCUUGGGAGUGAAUCGUUGGGUGGAGGGGAUUUAUUAUUAUUUUUUUUUUAACCUGACUUUCAUGCUGUGUGGGGUUAAUUGACCCCCAAAAAAAUAAGUUUCGCCAUGUUUAUGUAUUGGUCAAAGACUCCUGUUUUCACUGAAAGCUGUUGCUUCCAAGCAGAUGCUCUUACAUUAUGUCCAUACUUUUAAUAUGUUUUAUGUGCUAUUAGCUAACGUUCAAUUUGUCAAUUUCACAUUGAAACUGCACCUGUAUUUUUCAUUUUCACAGAUAAAAUAGUAAGGAAAAUAUUAUAACAAAAUUUACACACACACACACACACUAAAACCUAAUCAAUCGUUCUCAAAAGGUAGAAAUUGGAUUAUGCUAUGAUUUAUACCUUGGAACUACCUAGUGUCAGUCUUUUAGGAAAUAUAAAUACCUUCAAGUUGUUAUAAUUUGUAACAGGAAAAGCUGAGAUUGUUAGGGGUAAGAGGAAUGUUGUCAACUAAAUUUGUUGUACAUUUGAAGAAGGUAAUUAAAUCCUUUUUUCUUGUAACUAUUAUUACAUAUAUUGCUUUGCUGUUUCUUCCAAGAACAAGGAAAUUGUGUUCAUGAGUAUUUUUGUGAUCCGUAAUGAUAGUUUAGUUUAACAAGACUACUGUAAUGGGUUGUACAUGGUUGCUUAAUGACUCACAAACACAGUGUGGACAUAUUUGUGUGUCAGCCAUUUGCUGCUUUAUUUGUUACUUUCCGCUUACUAAUGCAGCAUGACUAACGAUAGGUAUCAGCAUUGUACUUCAGUAGCAACUUUUGUACUUGAUGAUUUGUUCAUCUCUCUGAAAUUUGUUGUUGAAGCAGUUUUAGUUUGGUGACCAUUCUACUUAGCUUUAAUAGGAUAAGUGAAGAUUUUUAGAGAUUCAUCGGUCGAUGGUCGAUGAAUGUGAUGCAUGAUUUUCAUAGUCUAAGGCAAAGCUGGAGAGGUUGACUCAAAGAAUGGUAGCUACAGUUGUCGAUUGUUUGGAAAAGAAAGUAAGUGAUGUAGACAUUAGAGUUCAUAUAUUUAGGUAUGAGGACCAACACUUUUUCAAUACCGUUAUUUGGUUUGGUUGUUUAAAAUAAUGAGUUUAGUUCCUGGUGCGUUUUCAGUUUAGUUUUAAUCAUAAAAUUUUACUAUUACGUUCUCAGUUUUUUCAUCCUAUUACGUUCUCAGUUUUUUCAUCCUAUUACAUUCUCAGUUUUUUCAUCCUUCAAAUAUAAGCUUGAACCAGGCUAUUCCACUCUUGAUUAGGAAGAAAUUCCUUCAAGAUAGUUAUCGUCAUUUUUGUUGGUUUUAUCAUUAUAGCUUCAUCAUUAUUGUGUUGUGAUGAUAUUGGUUGUUAUGUUCGCUUAUGGUCAAACUCUCAAGGUUUUUGGUGUUACCCUGUCACUUUGCAGAAGUGCUGAAGUAUCAACAUUAAUUAGCUUCAACUAAAGUUGUACUACUGACUCUGUAGUUGAUGAAAUGUUUAAGAUUUUGUUUGUCAUUGAAUAUUAAGGUCUAUGAGACUUCCUCCUGUUUAGAUUGUAUGGUGAUAAUCACUUGUAAAGUUAGGAAUACUCUUCAUUACUAUUAGCCCAAUUUGGCAAGUAUUGAUGAUGACACUUUUUUUUGAAAGCACAGUAAUUGGCUCCUCUUCUGACUUGAGUGGUAUAACAAAUAUUACACAUUCCUGUUUGUCUUCUAGCAUUGCUUGUUGAAAGGACGGUAAUUGUUCUCAUUUUGACUUGGGAGGCGUAAAGCAUAUCACACUUUCCUGGAUUGUUUUCUAGCAUUGCUAGUGAUGAUUUAGGGUGGUUUGAAAAUACAUAUACACGAUCGAAACGCCACAGUAGAAGAAUCCAAUACUGUAUUUUCUAUGAAUAAUGGAAGUAUUAUGUUUCAGUAAAGUUAUAAAUAAAAUAUCCAGGGUGGGAAUGAAACAGUAUUCAAUUUUGCAAAAAUCUUCAAGUACAAUUACUGAUGAACUGGGCUCAGGGUUGUAUUGCAUGGAGGUACAGUCAUUUUUUAUAGGUAAUUGCUUUGCUGUAUUGGACUACUGUUGCAAGUAGGAGAAGUAGAACCAGGAGCAGUGAAUGACCGUAACUCUUGCAGUAAUUAAUGGUGCCUGUUAGAAAGUACGUUAAAUCUGAUCCUCACAAUAAGCUAUCAUUAUUGAUUUCGGAGCAGUAGUUUUAAGAGAGAAAAUAUGGAAGAAUUUUCUUUCCAGAAAUAAGUGACUAAAAGCUUUACCAGCGCUUCAGUGUUUGCUUCCCACCUCGGUGGUCGCGGGUUCGAUUCUCGGGCAUUCCAUCGAGGAGUGAGAGAUGUGUAUUUCUGGUGAUAGAAGUUCACUCUCGACGUGGUUCGGAAGUCACGUAAAGCCGUUGGUCCCGUUGCUGAAUAACCACUGGUUCCAUGCAACGUAAAAACACCAUACAAACAAAAGCUCUACUGCUAUUCUUUAUUAGAUGUAUUCAAAGAAUUUUAUCGUCUUGGUUUGGAAAAAGAUCUUUAUGUAGAAAAUGCAGGUCAACAGAUCAACUAUUAAAUUUCCAAACUCACUGUUGGCAAAUGUCAAGUUAUGGAAUCAAAUCAGGCAAGGGAUUUUUGUAAGAAUCUUUAUCAUUUUCUACCUAUCCAGUCAUCUGGUCAAACUACCUGUUAUAAAAAUAAUAAUAAUGUUUAUAUUACAGUCACUUAUAACAUUUGUUUAUCACUGGAGAUAAAGUCCAACUUACAAAAGUGGCUUGGUAGCUUUCCUAAUGUGUAAAUGCUCCCAAAUGCUUGUCUCUAAAAUAUCCACAAAAUAUCCACAUGGGUUUUGACACCUUGAAAUAAUUUUUGUACGAACAAUAGUUUGACAUUUGAGUUCGAUAGUUUGUGCCUUAAGCUUGUUUUCCUAAUACUUUAAUGAAGUAUGUUGUAUGUAGUAAUGAUAAGCCAUAUCUGCUGAAAGUGAUCAUGUUAACCUGGUAAUUUUUUUGGAGUUUUAGGACCUGCUACGUUAGUCUCUAUUAUUGAUGCCUGAAGAAAUUUGUUCAUGCUACCGGUGUCAUGACUUAAGUAUGGCUUAAAAGAUGCCUUCCCUCUUAAUUAUGCAUCAAUUAAUAGUUGCAAUUGAAGAUUCCUGUGAAUUAUGGUAACACUUUUUACACACUAAACAAAAGAUUGUGAAAUUUUGGAAUCUUAAUAUUUGUAGAACCUUCUUUGUGAAAUUUUGGAAUCUUACUAUUUGUAGGACCUUGAAUGCUUUGUUCUCUCGAAAUUUACUCUUCUGUAUGCAUUAGUUUUCAAAAUAUAAAUUAAAUUUUUUGUUGAUGACUGGUACAAGUUAUUCAUCUCAACAUUCCAGUAAAUCUUCCUGGGAGACUAGAUUCCAUAACAGGAUUUGGUGUUUACACACUUCAGGGAAAGGAACAUUAUUGCUCUACUUUGAAAAAUUUAAAGUAGUUGCUUGGUGUGCAACUUGUUUCCCUGUUAAAGGACCCAAAUUUAUUUUUUAUACAUUUGUCUAAGUUUUGUACGGACUUCCAAAUGCUGUGAUGGCUUGUGCAGUUGUCAGAGAACCUAUUUUUAAGCUUCUGCAAAAGCAGAUUUAAAUGUACGUGGAAAAUUUCUUUCGUAAUGUCUUCUUUCAAGAGGUCAUACGUUCUGCAAUAAGUUUAUGUGCUUUUUCUAAUCUUGCAUUCAUAAAGGCUUGUGAGUUUUGUUUUUCCUGCACCUUUUGACUUUUUCUCUUUUGUCAAGUUUGUGAACCAGUAGCCAUUUUGUUGCUGUUGAUUGCAUUACCUGUGCAAUAAAUUUUUGAAGUGUAAGAAUGCUGGGUCUGAAGUCCAAUAGAUUUUGGGUAGUUGAUAUUAUUUUUUCAAGAAUUAUGCUGAAUAUUGAGUAAUCUGGAUAAAUAGAAACUUAUUGAACAUGUGAAUAAUUGUAAAAGUACUGUGUCAGAAAGUUAUCAGGCAGUCAGUCCUGUAGCAGUGUCCUGUUACUCCUAUUUUUGACUGAGUAUGUCUUCUUUAAAAGUAACUUUAACUUACCUAAUGACCAAAGUAAAUAAAUAGUUUUUCUAUAUUUAUUACAUAUAUAUACAAUAUACACAAUAAUUGCAUUGAUUAAAAAUAGGAAUAGCCAUAGAAAACAAUGUAUUGCAGUUGAAUUUUUUCACUUUGCAACACAUGUUUAGAUCUUCAUGGUUUUAUAAAAUUAAUGUCUGAUCAGUUUACCAAAGUUCUAUUUCAAACUUUUUACCAUUUUGCAGUAUCGUCUUAAAAGAUGUAGAAGGGGAAAGUGUUGAACUAUUUUCAUUGUAAAAUUUCAAUGCAGUACUUACAAGUUUCUUGCAAGGGAAUUCAGAAAGGAACAAACUGCAAUAAGUUAUUUUGUUGGUUGCAAAGUUGCAGGGCAUGGAAGUUAAUUUGUAAUCUUCCAUCUGUUGGGAUAUAAAUUCUUUUGUUUCGGUUACAGUACUCUGAUUGCAUGUGUGUUUCUCAUUUAUUGUGAGAUCCUCAAAUGCAUUUUUCAGUUCCCCAAGUACCUGUGCUGUAAUAAUUCUAAGUGUGUAGUGUGCUAUUUUGACACAGAUAGUGUUUAUUUAGCAAAAUUGAAGUAGUUCCAGAAGGGAUAUUACAGUAUCCUGUAAAUGAAAAUAUGACAUCUUGGGUGAAAUUCACAUAUUUUAAGUAUUUGUCAAGUAUUCAAUUAAGUGUCCCGUCUUCAAUAUGUAAGGAAAAAUGUUGGAUAGAAAUUAUGUUCUGAUAGAGAGGUAUUUUUAUAAGAAAUAGAUGAUUGAAUGCUUUAAUAUAGCUACAGUAUAGUAAUACGGUUUAUAUAUGAAUGCAUAGGUUAAUGGUAUAUACACCAUCUUGGCUACUUAGAUGAUGCUAAUGCAGUUUCCUAAAUAAAAGACUGAAAUGGA